AUGCUGCAGACGCUAUCGCUAUCGGCACUGCUGCUCCUUACACGAGUCCUUGCCUCUCCGUUCUCCAGACCCUCCUCCGAUCCGCUCCCUCUUCUCAUCUGGCAUGGACUAGGCGACAACUACGCCGCCGACGGCCUUGCUGAGGUGGCCUCCCUCGCAGAAGUGGCCAAUCCAGGAACCUACGUCUACAUAAUCCGACUUGACGAAGAUGCCUCCUCCGACCGCACCGCCACCUUUCUCGGCAACGUGACCGAGCAAAUAGCCACAGUCUGCGCAGACAUCAAGGCCGACCCGAUCCUCUCCUCUGCCCCCGGCGUCAACGCCCUCGGCUUUUCCCAGGGCGGUCAAUUUCUGCGUGGCCUGGCAGAACGAUGCGGUGGCGAUAACGGCGUAAAAAUAAAGAACCUCGUCACGUUCGGCAGCCAACACAACGGCAUCGCCAAGUAUCAGAUCUGCAAGCCCACCGACUGGCUCUGCAAAGGCUACAUUGGUCUGCUCAAGGCCAACACAUGGGGCGCCUGGGUGCAAGGUCACCUCGUGCCCGCGCAGUACUUCAAAGCCAUUGACGAGCAGACGGGCGAGCCUACAGAGGAGUACCUCACGAACAGCAAUUUCAUCGCCGACAUCAACAACGAGCGUGCGCUCAAGAACGUCACAUACGCCCAGAACCUCGCACAAUUGGACAACUUUGUCAUGUACGUUUUCGGGAAUGACACCACGGUGAUCCCGAAGGAGACAGCUUGGUUUGCGCAGACGAACUUGACAAGUGGAGAGGUAGUGGAGCUGAGGGAUAGGGACAUCUACAAAGAGGAUUGGAUCGGCUUGAAGAAGCUAGACAAGAAGGGCGGGCUACAUUUCAAGACCACUGAGGGUGAGCAUAUGACUCUGGGGGACAAGUUGCUGAAGCAGGUCUUCAGGGAGUGGUUUGCGCCACCGAAGGAAAGCUGGAGAGAGGUGGUACAGGAAAUGAUUGAAUUGUAA